AUAAAACAAACAAUUUAGGGCUUGAACUUUACAUAUUACAUGCAGAAAUUAAUGGUUCUGGAUAUCUGAUUGUAUAUCUGUUUUUAGAAAGUAACAGCAAAUCUGGAAAUGGAAUACGAACAGAUACUAUUUUAACCUUUCUUAAUGAAAUUAAGCUACAAGGUUUAAUGCCUGAAUUCGUAUUGACAGAUAAAGAUUUUGUGCAGAUUUCUGCAAUCCCAUUAAAUAAAUUUCCAUUACAAGUUACUUAUAAGCAUAGUAAUGCUUAUGAGUAUUUUUCUUUUAUCAAAAAAGAUUUUGUUCCACAAUUUCCAGUUCAAAAAGGUACAAUUUUUUGUCCUAAAGAAUUAUACAUAUCAGUUUGGGAAUUAAUAGAUAAACAUUUAUAUCUUCAUCCAUUAAUACCAACUUCUAAUUUGAAACUAACAUGUUUACAAAUUUGGGAACAGGCUGCUUUAUGGAUGCGAGCAGGUUGUGAAAACAAAGUCUCUGUCUUAAAAACAACUAUGUUUAUAGAGUCACACUGGAAAGAUACUAGUAAUAACUAUCAAGAUACUGGUAAUAAUGAUCAGAAUACUAGUAAUAAUAAUCAGAAUACUAGUAAUAAUGAUCAGAAUAUUAAUGACAAUAAUCAAAUUGAAAAUUCAAAUGUCUUUUUUGAUCAACUAAUUGAUACAAUACAAAAAGCACUUGACUUAUUAUAUGAAUACAAAGAUACAAAAAAUAUUAAAUAG